AUGGCCAGCUUUGCAUCAAAGAGACUCGCGCAGGAGCGGGCAGCUUUCAAAAAAGACCAUCCUUUUGGAUUCUACGCAAAGUAUGCGCCUAACGAAGACGGAAAGGGACAGAACGUCUUCAAGUGGAACUGUGGAAUUCCUGGAAGGGCCAAAGGCCCAUGGGAGGGUGCAACCUACGCCCUCACCAUGGAGUUCACAGAGGACUAUCCGUCCAAGCCGCCUAAGUGCAAGUUUGCGCACGUGCACGGCAAGCCGCUGUUCCACCCGAACGUAUACCCUUCCGGAACUGUUUGUCUUAGUAUCCUAAACGAGGACGAGGACUGGAAGCCAGCCAUCACGAUUCGCCAGAUCCUGCUAGGCAUUCAGGACCUCCUGGACAAUCCGAACGCGGCGUCGCCAGCGCAGGAGGAGCCCUACCGGCUAUUUUCCACCGACAAGGCUGAGUAUCUCAGGCGGGUGAAGAAGCAAGUCUCGGAGGUUGCAGUCUCCGUGGACGGAGGCAUUGCCCAGAACGUGCACUGCGUGCGCUUGCGUGCGCUGGUCCGGGGGAGCUUGUACUUCAUGGUAUCCUGUCUUGCAGGCAUGAACCGACGGCCGAUGGGAUGGUGUAACCGGCUGCGCUCCAAGAAGGUGAACAUCUGGAAGUAUCAGUUCAUGGGGCCGGACAAGUCAGAGCCUCGUGUUGACCUCUUGAAGAAGUUCUGCUUCUUUCCUUUGCUUUCCUUUGAGUGUGCCAGGUGGCUUUGCAACCAUCCCUACCACGAGGUGAAGUACACCCGGCCCUACUGGCUCACGAGGAGAGGCUUUCCGAACUUCCCCAGAUCGGAUCCGCAUCAAAUCGGCCGGAAAGGGGAGAAGUCCGCAGACUGA